AUGGUGGAGAUGGACGAAAACCGCGAGCGCGCUUACGGCCAAAUGCUCGAGGUGGUGAAAGCUGUCCUUGCAGGGCAGAUGCAGGCAUCAAACGCGGCAGAGCUGCUGUCACCGAUCUCUUCUAAGGAGUCGCUGCAGCAGGUCCUUGUAGAUGCGCUGUGGCUCGUGGGCUUUGCCGCGACGGAGGCGCCCUCCGGCAGGGAAGCUCGAGAGGAAUUCAGCAAUUUCUGCUCCAUCUUGGAAAGAGAGGGCGUGAUCUCCAAGCCGCUCCUUGCCUCCGGGCUUGAAACGGAGACGGUACCGCCCUCCGUGUGCAACAUUACAAUUUUGCGAAAGAAGCAAAACCAGGCCAAGACGAAAGCGCGCUACACUGUGGCGAGGUUCAACUUGCUGAGAGAGCACAAUGAGGGCUACGCCAGGUUGAUCAUGUACAUAGACCGGCUGCUCCACUUGGAGAUGGAUGUAGAGGGCACGGCUGAGCAACUCACAAAAACACGCGAGAGCGUGAUCGAUGAUGUCAUGCUGUUGAUGGGCUACAGCUACCUUUGUCCGAACAGGAUCAUCGCGAUGGCCAUCGACAUCUACGAGCGCAUCAUCAUUGAGGAGGCCGAGCCGAGCAAGAAGCCUCAAGCCAUCUUGGCGCUGCUUCGCCGGUUCAGCCGCGACCGAGUCUCCAAGGUCGCGUCAUUCCUGCUGCAUCCGGGACAGCCCCCGGCAGCAGCAGUCGGAGGCAAAGAUGCGAAGCCACCCGAGCCAAACGUCAGGGCGUCGCAGUUCGUGGCCACCGCUUCGCUGAUCUCCCUGGGCCUGGUGGACUUGAGAAUGGUGUGGUCCUACUUGGAGCCAAGCGAAAAGAAGAUCCAGGAGGCGUGGUCUCACCUGAACUUCAGAUACGAGGCCAAGCUGAAGACCGUGAGUGUCGUGGACCUCAGCGGAAAGCAAAACCUUGCACGGGAUAAACGCUACUUCAAUGGCUGUGCGAAGAACUUCAACCUCAUGCUGAAUCAGAAGAUCCGGCUGGUGGAGGCGAUGAUAAGUAUUAAUGAUUGGUGCAACGCCUGCGUGAUGCUGACGCAGCUCCGCAGGAUCUGCCGCCCCUGCAUGAACCACUACAUUCGGCAAGCUCUGUGCGACCUGCUGAAGUGGAUCAUCGAGCCUUUGCUUCCGAAGUCGCAGCAAGGUAUACCUCGCUACAACAAGGACAUCCGACGGUUUGCGUGGGGUGUGGCCAUGCUGCCGGCAGGUGGUGGCCCUGUUCCAGGGCACCUCCGGCAGGCCGUGGACCUGCAGGACUUCCUGCCAGCCUGCAAGCAGGUGCUUGAUCACUUGGAGUACUACAUGCACACAGACAAUGCUUUGUUAACUUGCAUGUGGCAGGUCAUUGCCUUGUCGCUCAAGGAGAUUCCGGAAGGCAGCAACACCGCCAUGGCUGCGGCAUCUGCGAAUAGCGCAGCGCCUUCCAAUCGCACCCUAGACGACAAGCUAGUGGCCAUCAUCUACAAGCACCUGCUCCCAGCCAUUUCCAUAGCCAAGCCCAACCCCUUCUUAAGCAGCGUGGCGUGGAAUGUGCUGAAGCAGCUGACAGUCUUCCAGAGAUAUAUGAUCUAUAGCUGUUGGGAGACGAGGUAUAGUCAGUUCAUGCUGAAGUACAGCUGGGAAGAAGCGAAGUUUGAAGCCAAGAAGAUCCUGAAGCGGGUCGUUUCCAGCGACAAGACAAGCGAGCGGGAUCGAGAAGAUCCCAAUGUCUACAGGCCUCACCCGGUCUUCUGCCAACUCUGCCAGACAAACCCUAUCCCCAUCGUGGAGGUGAUGCUGAAGGACAUUGAGAUCGGCUUCAACGUCAACAUGAUCCAGCCGUACGUGGACUUGACGUCCCGCUGCUCCGAGAUGAUGACGGACGUCGUUGGCUACGUCCUGUCGCGGAACUGCGAACGUCCCGCUACGGAGACGAAGGUGUUCUUCUCCCCGGCUGACGGACUCAUUUCACCCUGGCUCAGCAACUUUGCGGACUUUAUCGGUCGCUUCUACAAGAGACACCCGCACACAAACUUGGUUGCAAUGCUUCUCGUGCUUGCGAAGCGCAUGACGCAUGACGUGCCCGAGUCCACAGGCAGGCACUCCGCAAAGAAGUUCAAGGGUGAGUCUCUCAUCCGAGUAGUCCUGGAGAAACUCAUGGAGCACAUGGGUGGCCUCAUCGUCGUCAAGGAUUUCACCAUGGAGCAGAUCACCUGCUUGGCCGGAGGGCCGCGGCUUCGGCUGGAGUCCGUCUCGAUUGGUUCACGCCCAGAUCCUCAGCGGAAGGAAAAGACGAAGAAAGCACUCCUGGACACGCUUGUCGAGCUCGGUCUGGCGCCUGCCCUGUGGGACUGCCUCAGUCGCCAGCGGCUGUACUUCAUGUCUGAAGGCUUUUCAGAGGUCCACAGUGAUGAAGGGUCGCUGAAGAUCCUUUGCAAGCUCCUCGACGGGAACAUGGAAUGCUUCCUGAGCCUCGUGGACUUCUUGUCUCAGGCCUCUGCGCGAGAAAAGUACGUGAAGCUGAUGCCGAGCGUGCAACAGCUCUUCGGUGUUCUCGAACCCAACGCAGCCUACGCGGCCCUCCGGCCCGGGUUGCCUCUCUUCGCCCGCGGCAAGAAGAAAACCGAAGAGGGCGGAAAGACCACGAUGGUGGCAACCGCGGAGGAGACAGAUCUGCAGAAGCUGCUGAUGGAUAUAGCGUUCAAGUGCUUGCCAAAGCCGAUUGAGGAGGAUGGGCUCUCCAUGGACUUCUACGUAACAUUCUGGCGCCUGUCCUUGCAGGACAUCUUUGUCCCCACCGAGGGCUACGAGAAAGUGCUGACCAGGAUGUCGCAAGGUCAGAAGACCUUGGAGGAGUCAAAAGCCAAGCUCGAUCGGAAGCACAACGUCGACACGCACAGUCGUGAGUACAAGGCUGUGCAACGGAAUCUCGCUCGGCAGAAGGAAGCCUACGACAAGGUCAAAGAGGAGCAACUGAAGCAGAAGCUGAACUUUGAGCAGGUCCUGGCCCGGUUGGAGCAGGAGAAGUCCUUCUGGUUUCUAAAGCACUGCCCAGAAGCCACUCAGACAAUGGUUGCCGAGAUGAUCCUUCCUCGAGCAUUGACUUCGUAUGCAGAUGCUCUCUUCUGCUGCAAGUUCGCACGGCUUCUCAUUCGGAUGAAGACUCCGGGGUUCUUGGUGCUUGACUUCUACAACAGUUGGACUGUCAUGCUCACCAUGAACCUUCGAAGCUGCACCGAAGUGGAGGCGCAGAUUUGUGGACACUUCCUCAAUGAGAUGAUGUCCUACAUUCACGGCUUGCGGAAAAGCGAAAAGGCCUUCGAAGCUGAGAUGAAGGACAAUCCUUGCUUCCACCGCCAUCACUACGGCGGCGCAGAGGCUGACAGUUCUGUCGCUCCGGAGUAUGCGAAGCAUGCCGACAUCGUUAGAGGUCACAACAAGUGGGAGGGAAAGAUCCUCAAAGCCUUGCGCCAAAAUCUGGAAUCCGAGGAAUGGACGGACAAGCGCAACGCUCUUCUCCUCCUCAGCAAGUCCUGCGAGACUUAUCCAAUAGUGGAGAAGUACGCCAGAACGGUGCUGCAGUGUGUCGAGAACGUUCGCGAAAGAGAGAAAGCGAGCGAUCUGAAGACGCUGGCGGCCUCGCUUGCCACCAAGCUGAAAGCCCAGAGCAAGAACUGGACUCGCCGCCAUGGUUGGUCAUGCGGGAGAAUCGUGCUGACCAUGACCGCUGCAUGA